UGCGAAUUUUACGGUUUACGGUACAGGCACGUGGCUUACAACUAUACACUUCAGUCAGGGAAACGUCAUUAAAACCACAAAAACGAAUAAAAUUACGUGUGAACAGCUAAUUAUGUAUUUCCGUAUGCGAAGGUUCCCCCUGAUAUCGGUUUUCACACGGACCAUUAAAGUGUUGUACACGGUAGUCAAUGACUUUUUAGUAAGAGCAGGUCAGUAGAGUUUUUUCAAAAUAUCCGAUUCUUUAGACAAUUCUUCGUUUUUGAGAUCUGAAGGCGAAUUCGAGGUAAAAUAGUGUAUCAUUCAUGACGUUUAAAAUUUUGUGGGAAAAAGGAGGAACGAAUUUUCAGCAAUAUUUGUAUACGGAGUUUAUUUCUGAGGUGUUACAUAUAAAAGCUAUUUAAUUAAUAUUGUAGUAAAAUAUGGACCUCGUAUAGUAAUUCUUAAAAUAAAACUCUCCACCAUGCUGUGUGUUUCCACGUUGUCCCUCUGGAGAUCCUUGCAGAAGAGUUUAUUGUGCAAACCCAGUAAAUGUUCAGUUCACUGGGUGCUGGCGAACGCCGCAGUCCGAAGAGCCUUGACGUUGUCUGGUCCCAGAACGUCGAGGGGAAAUGUCAUGCCAGUUUUCAGCAAAGCCUUGGCUUAUGAAGAUAAAGUGGCAAUAAUAGAUGAGAGCAGGAGCCACAGUUACAGCUGUCUUUACCACAGCAGUAGAGGUUUAGCAGCACAGAUACAGCAAGCAUUAACCUGCCACUCUGGAGAUUUACAGGGCAAGCGCGUUUCCUUUCUGUGUGCCAAUGAUGCGUCCUACACGGUGGCUCAGUGGGCCACGUGGAUGAGCGGUGCCACAGCCGUUCCCCUCUACAGGAAGCACCCGGCAUCUGAGCUUGAGUAUGUGAUCUCAGACUCUCAGAGCUCGCUGGUGCUGGCUGGUGAGCCUUAUUCUGUCACGAUGGAGACUUCAGCGCAAAAACUCGGGCUGCCGUGUCUGCGUCUGCCUCCGACUGCCAGUCUGGAUGCAUUGCAUACAUCAGGGCCACGUUGCCAGUUCGACGAGGAGGCGAUUUCUGAUUGGGCAGAAAGACCGGCUAUGAUUAUUUACACCAGUGGAACGACAGGACGACCAAAAGGAGUCCUGCAUACACACAGCAGCCUGCAGGCCAUGGUCCAGGCUCUGGUGAACGAAUGGGCUUGGAGCAAAGAUGAUGUGAUUCUUCACACACUUCCCCUUCAUCAUGUGCAUGGCAUCGUAAAUAAGCUCAUGUGCCCGCUGUGGGUUGGGGCCACCUGCAUCAUGCUGCCUGACUUCAGCCCUCAGAAGGUAUGGGAGAGGUUGUUGAGUUCUCAGUCUCCUGUGGUAUCCGUGUUCAUGGCUGUUCCCACCAUCUACUCUAAACUGAUCCAGUACUAUGAGCAGCAUUUCACACAUCCACAUGUACAGGACUUCAUCCGAGCUGUGUGUAAAGAGCGGAUCCGGUUGAUGGUGUCUGGUUCGGCCGCUCUCCCUCAGCCCGUCCUGGAGCGUUGGAAAGAGAUCACAGGUCACGUCCUCCUGGAGCGCUACGGCAUGACCGAGAUCGGAAUGGCGCUGUCCAACCCGCUGAACGGACCGCGGGUCCCUGGUGCAGUCGGCUCUCCACUCCCAGGUGUCGAAGUACGAAUCGUCAUGACAAACAAGAGCAACACCAGCAUCGCCGUGGGCAACAGCAAGCACACACGGGUAAAGCCAGGGCUGGAAGGGCGGGAGGGUGAGCUGCAGGUUCGAGGCUCCUGUGUGUUUCAGGAGUACUGGAAUAAACCACAGCAGACCGAGGAGAACUUUACACCAGACGGCUGGUUUAAAACUGGAGACACUGCGAUCUACAAAGACGGGGUCUACUGGAUCAUGGGACGAACUUCUGUAGACAUCAUAAAGAGCGGCGGCUACAAGAUCAGCGCUCUGGAUGUGGAGCGCCACCUGCUGGCUCACCCUGACAUCGACGAUGUGGCUGUAAUCGGGGCACCGGACUCCACCUGGGGGCAGAAGGUUGUAGCUGUUGUGCAGAUGAAGGAUGGGAAGAUGAUUGAUCUUUCUGAGCUGAAAGCCUGGGCCAGAGAGCACAUGGCCCCGUACACCAUCCCAACCGGGCUGAUUGUGGUGGAGGACAUGCCAAGGAACCAGAUGGGGAAAGUGAAUAAGAAAGACCUCCUUCGUCAGUUCUUUCCUCACUGACAGUCUUCUCCACUCCUCUUUUCUCCCCCUUUUCUUUGGGGUCAGUGCUGAGGGUUUGUAUUGAACAGUGAAACCUGGUCUGGCUAAUGAAGUCUAAUAAUCUGUUCAUGAAGAACACCACCAGCAGACUGGAGUGAAUUUCCACGUUUACCUUUAUCUCUGAUGAUCAGGGGGAACAGUGUUCACGUGCUGACGUCACCUCAGCUUUAUUCAGGAUACAUUUAUUUUGGGUAAAAAAAAAAGAGUCAUUACAUUGUGUGUGUGUGUGUGUGUGUGUGUGUGUGUGUGUGUGUGUGUGUGUGUGUGUGUGUGUGUGUGUGUGGUCAUGUGAGGGGGUUCUGAAAUGCUUUGUUCGGUAAUUAUUGUGAUAUUGUCAAUAGGUUUAUAAUAGACUUGAAGGAAAAUCACAAACGUGGAUCAACAACAUAACAAACAAUUCCAUAUUUGUCUUCAUGUGUUCACCAUCCCAGAAUGCUUUGCUGCGCUCAGGAAAACUGUGAGUGACCUGAAAGAUGCCGUGUUCCAGGAAAUAUGUUUUUUAUAUGCUCGAUAUGAAAAAAGGAGAGGUUUUGCACAGUAAUGGUUAUAUUGAGUUUAAAAGUAAAAUAAUGUAAAGAUUAUUGGAAGAUUUUUAAAUGUUUUUAUCUAUUAUACAAUAUAGAAUGAAGAUCUGUAUAGAUGUAACACACGGACGAUCUAUAAUCUGUGUUUUAGGUGUGUUUAGGAAUAAAUUGUUCAAUAAAAGACAACAAAACUGCACACGAGUUUAAAGGAUUUUAACUGAAAAUAAAUGUUAAUUAUUUCUA